AUGGAUUCUGUUACGUCUCGAAGUGUGUCUACUACGCCUAAAGUGGGUUCAGCUAGGCGAUCCACCAGAAUGGUACCACUGGCAACAGGACAUGGUAUACAUUUGAUCGCCACCUGCUUGCUGAACGCGCCCACCUCACGAAUGAGCGUCUCUGAAAUUUACGAAUGGCUUGCUGAAAAGUAUCCAAGCUACCAAUAUACAAAACGUAACAUUCGCCAUGUUCUAAGACAUAAUUCCGAGAGAAGGAGUCCUAGAUUUGUCAUUGCUAACAAACAUCGCAUCGCGGGAGUGCCGAUUCGAUGGACUAUUCGGCCUGGAACAGAGUCUCAACUUCGCCGAUUGUUCGGCGGCCCUCCCACUGCCGAGCGUCAAUUUCCCCAAUUUUAUGGUGGUCUUUCUCAACAAAUCCACUGCGUCCUUUGCAACCGAAGCUUUGGUCGCCAAGAGAGUUUUGCGAGACAUCAACGACAGGCUCAUUCUAGCCAUGCGACCAUAUCCCCAGCUAUCGGCAAAGCCUCUCCCGCAGACCCGUCCGCUGCAAUUACCAGCACCCAGCUUGGUUGCACUAGGGACCACCAACCUUUAGAAGACGAGCUCUUAGUAAUAGGAAGCACGUUUGAGUCUACAGACAGGAAUGAGGCUGUUCAAAGCCCUGAUACAGCAAUCAGCAAAGAUGACGCUCUUCGACAGAGACUUCGAGACCGUUCCAGGGAGGAGUUCUCUGUCGAUAGCAUCGAUGGAAGUAGCCUGCACAACCUUCUUCCUCGAUCGAUAGCCCGGAAGCUCGGAUUACCUCUGCAUUUCGGCAGUAGUGUCAGAGUAAAAGUUGCCAACGGCACAACUCUGACCGAUCAAUAUUGCCAACUCACCAUCAGAGUGGCUAGUAUUAAUGCCGUAAUCGAUGCUUACGUGGUUUCCGAACUGUCUUCCCUUUUGCUAGGUUGGGAAUGGACACAACGGGUCAAUUUGUUGAGUGAUCUUGGAAACCGCACGUACUAUAUCCUUGGACCUCAUGGCAAUCUGAACGAGCUUCCCGUUCCUGGGCCCACGGCUGAGGCUGAAGACGAGACGGAGUGUGCAAUGGAAGCUGCUCUAACGAGAGAAGAGACUCUGCUGGCUGAAGAGACGCCAGCCCCUCCUGGGGGUGAUGAAAGGUAUGGCGAUAAGGAGUGUGAGCUUGGUGACUUGGCAAGCAUUGACACGUCUGCCACAAGACAAGAGAACAUGAGUGAUGCCGAGUUUUUUGUGGAUGCUGUCUCUUGUCAAAGCUCAGAUGACGAGCAAGGGAGCUAG